AUCUAAUAAGUAGCGGCCACGCAUUGGCCAAAUCUUCAGUCAAGUCAACGGUAUUUCCCGCUCAUCAGGCUUGUCUGUUACGUCGGCUUUGGGUCGGAUAACUAUACCGGAGGCCGAUGCCGCGCUUCUCUCUGUUGGUGCGUGCCCAGUUAUUACACCUUUUGCAACCACCAGAGCAAAGGCGACAUUAUGGGUCUGCUAAGUUCCAUUAUUCCGAAGCAGAAGGGGGCAGUAAUGUACAUACGCUGGUUGCCAGCCGCCGUUAAUACUCAACAUUGUCAUGGGCAUGCCAAACCAACAGAUGGCGAUAUAUUCCUUAACCCAGAGAAGCCACUCCAGUCUCGUCUUGCCAUGAACAAGGAAAAAGUGCGGGAGCUGACUUCGCAAACAUCCGUGGUUCAGGCAGAUGGCCAUUGCUUUUCUGGACAGCAGUUGGAAGUAUUCUGUACGGAGGUCAUUGGCACUGCUGUAUCACAACAUCAUUUGCUGGCAUGUACAUCUAGGAUGCGGCAUAUCCAGAUGAGAUUCUCUCCAAUGCCAGCAAACCGACAGUGGAAGACACGAGCCAGCACUUCUCCCCCCACAUUGCCUCAGGCUUUUGAGAUAACCACUUAUAACUGCUCCCCCUUCAUGAGACCGGAUGCUAUGUUGGGAUCACCGGGGCCUCCAUCGCCCGGCAUGUACACGCUACAUCAGGUGAACAACAUCAGAGUGCGGCAGUCAGAGAUCCUAAAGAAGGACUCCAUAUGUUUAGUCGAGACAGUACGCCGUACAUCUCUUAUGACGAGUAUAUUUGUGUCAGGACCGCUUUCCCGAUACUGACAAGGACAUUUAAGCAAUUAUGUGAGCUGCAGUCUGGAUCCUGCCUCUGUCAAAUGACCUAACACAAAUUGAAAGAUGACAUCGGCCCUUGCAAGGACUUCAGACGAUGCCAGCACUGGACUACAUACAGUGGUAAUCAUAAUUUUUUUACCAGGGGUGCCCAAACUUGUGCAUGUCACUGUACUGAUAUAUACUAUACAAAUAAUAUUUUCAGUAGUCCAUGUCAAAUUUUAUUUCAAGUGUUUGGGUGAGAUCUAGACAGAGGACUAAGGCGUAUACUAGGACAGAACUAAGUGUUGUGGCCCACAGGUGAUCCUAAAGCAAUAAAAGAGGAACCAUGGAGAGGAAGAAGUGGUGUCCAGAUGUUUAAAAGGCGGUGUUCGGGACAGGAAACAAAGGCAACAAAGAGCAACCUCUAAGGUCUAAAGGCGCUGCUUGCAGAGACAAGUGUAGGAAACAAAGACAGAAGACCUGACGAGAAUGUUUUAUGAUUAAAUGUUUUUGUUAUGUACAUGCACAUUAUUAUUUACAAUAUAUUUCUAAGAUACAUAAAUAUGUGACCUUGUAUAUGAAAUCCAGGCUACUGUCUUAACAUCUAAUGACAUCUAAAGUUUGAAUUUACUGAUUUAACAUUGAGUUCAGUCUUUGGCAUGACCUUACUCAGUCAGUAUUGAAGGUGUCAAGAUUAUAUUUUCAGAGAAUGUUUUCUGAAUUGUGUAGGAUGAUUUUAUGUAGAAAACAGUAAGUCACAAAGAAAUACUUUGCUGGGUUUUCACAGGCUGUGUCCCAUUUGUACAACAUAUGUGAAAUAUCCUGAGACUAAAACUUCUGAAAUCCAAACUGUUAUAUUUUAGCAUUUCAAAUGCAGCCACCCUUUGCCUAGAAUUUGAAAUAUAUACCAUUGGGUUUUUUCAGUAAUUUUUUGAGAUCUCACCCUAAGAUAUUUUUAAAGAAAUUUCCAUGUAUUAUGGACUUGAAUUACUUGUUUAUUUUAUCAUUUUGUCAAAGUAAUUUGAAAAAAAAGUUUUAAAUUAAAUUUUAGUUCUCAAUUGAAAUAAAUGUAUAUGUUGAGACUAUAUUUUUGUCCAAAAACGUAAUUGAAUCAUAUACCAUAAGAGUAUAUUAUUUUGAAGGUUAUAAGAAAUAUUUUAGUUAAGUGUUUAAAAACGUUUACACAGUAGUAUAGCAGUGUAUAAUAGUUACAGAAUAUGUAAUUUAUGUGUGACACAUCUAAAUAUUCUGUUACUGAUUUAUCCAAGUUGUUUAUGUGUUAAAUUCGUCAAAUGAAUAAAUUUGCAACGGUUAUUGACA